AAUCAUAAAGUUCUUGAAAGAUCUAACCAUACAGUUCUUGAUAGAUCUAACCAUAGAGUUAUUGAUAGAUUUAACCAUACAGUUCUUGAUAGAUCUAACCAUACAGUUCUUGAUAGAUCUAACCAUACUGUUCUUGAUAGAUCUAACCAUAGAGUUAUUGAUAGAUUUAACCACACAGUUCUUGAUAGAUCUAACCAUACAGUCAUACAGUUCUUGAUAGAUCUAACCAUAGAGUUCUUGAUAGAUCUAACCAUAGAGUUAUUGAUAGAUCUAACCAUU